AUGUCGUUCCGGUAUACUUCGCGGAUAUUACGGUUACAGAGGCUUUCGGGCCUGCAAGGAGGGCUUCAUGGGUCGAGGAAGGUUGUCGGUACGGCGUUGCAGUCAUGUCGGGGUGUUGCUUCGACGCCUACGGCUGAGAGAGUGUUGUUUCCUGGUGCGCUGAACAGCGAGUUCACGAAUACCAUGGAGUUUAUGCAACCAGCUCAGGCGCCCGCGAUAUCCACGUACCGUGUCAUGAACCAGUAUGGAGAAAUCAUAGACAAGGAGAUUGGCGUGGAGACCUCAGAUGAGGAAGCUCUUUCGUUAUACAAGAACAUGGUCAAGUUGAGCAUAAUGGAUCUAUUGAUGUUUGAAGCGCAACGGCAAGGAAGACUAUCCUUCUACAUGGUCUCCGCCGGCGAAGAAGGCAUAGCCAUCGGCUCCGCGAGCGCCCUCUCCCCCGCCGACGUAAUCUUCUGCCAAUACCGCGAAUCGGGCGUCUACCUCCAACGUGGCUUCACCCUCUCCUCCUUCAUGAACCAGCUCUUCGCCAACGCAAAAGACAACGGUCUAGGCCGCAACAUGCCCGUCCACUACGGCAGCAAAGAACUCAACAUCCACACCAUCAGUUCAACACUCGCAACGCAAAUCCCCCACGCAGCAGGCGCAGCCUACGCCCUCAAAAUGCAGAAUGUGCAGAACCCCGAGACAGAGCCACGUGUCGCGGUAUGUUAUUUCGGCGAGGGUGCCGCCAGCGAAGGCGACUUCCACGCUGCCCUCAACAUCGCUGCGACCAGACAAGUCCCCUGCAUAUUCAUCUGCCGCAACAACGGAUACGCCAUCUCCACCCCAACAUCAGACCAAUACCGAGGCGACGGCAUCGCCUCCCGUGGUGCAGGCUACGGCAUCGCCACCCUCCGCGUAGACGGCAACGACAUCUUCGCCGUCCGGCGCGCCACAGCCGAAGCGCGGCGCCUGGCUCUCCACGACGGCGGGCGCCCCGUCUUGAUAGAAAUGAUGGCAUACCGCGUAGGCCACCACAGUACAUCCGACGACUCCUUCGCGUACCGCCAACGCGUCGAGGUCGAGGACUGGAAGCGCCGCGAUAACCCCAUUACCCGGCUUAGAAAGUGGCUUGAAGGACGCGAACUCUGGGAUGAUGCCCAAGAGAAGGAGUUGAGGAGUGCGACGAGGAAAGAGGUGUUGAGUGCAUUUGAACAGGCGGAGAAGGAGAAGAAACCUAGUAUCCGGAAUGCGUUUGAGGGGGUUUGGGAGGACUUGACGGCUGAGCAGAGGGAGCAUGUGCAGGAGUUGAAAGACGUGCUUGUGAGGUAUCCCAAGGAGUAUGAUCUUGAUGGGUUUGAGGGAGGACUGAAGGGGCUGGAUGAUUUGUUGGAGGGGAAGAAGGUGAAGUAG